UAAAACAUGUCCUGGGUAAUCAGAUACUUUUGGAGUGACGCGCGCCGUCUCUGUGAAUUGCAGAGAGGAGGGACCCUGUGCGCACUUUACGCGUCUGAGCCGCGUCUUCUCGCCACCCCGCUGCUCCCAUCAGCCGGAGGCGGGCAGUCAGAGCAGCCGGUCCCCGAGAAAGAAGGUGUGCGACCUCCGGGCGGAUGAGUCAGUUGUCAUCCGGUGCUUGUAUGGAGGCUGAGCUCAGCGCGCAGGGGACGGAGAGUCGGGGAUGGAGCUGCUCUGUGGAGUCACGACGUGCGACGUCACCAUGACCUGAGGAGAAUCACGAUGGGAUUUCUAUAGUGACGUGAGAUUUAGGUUGGACGCAAUUAGACAUGCUUCUAUAGGCGCUGCGUGUUCACCAGCAGCUUUAGAGUAUCGCUGCUUUUUUUGAAUCCCCAUUUCUGCAGCAGCUCCUGUUUUUUUUGGCGCUUUCUUAAUUUUACGCACGUUUCCAACAACCGCAGACAUUUCCCUGUUGAUUUUUUUUGCACCUUGAACUUGCUAUAUUCGUUUUUUUUCAAGUCAUAUUUUUUUAUUCCAAGAAGUGGCUGCGCGGUGCGUGGAGGCGCUGACAUUACGCGCCGGUGAAGUCCAAGUGUUUUGCGGAUUUCUGUGGGAACACAACGCUUCGUGUUCCGUGCACCUGUGGACCAAACAAAACAAAAAAAACUCCAGCUCCAAGAUGCUUUUUGUUUUUCACGCAUACGCUGCUUGAAUUUUGUUUAUUAUUAUUUCUAGUGUCUCCUCAUCCUCGUAACGCGUGAGUCGGAUGCGCGGCUGCACCGUAAGCAGUCGGUGCUGUGACCACAUUCAGCUCCUCAGCUUUGAGCCGGUCGACGCGUGUGGAUGGGCUCUGUCGCUCUCUGCAGCAUCUAACUACCGGUAACGAUGGCAUCACACGGUUUCUGGUCUCUUGGCGGAGACAAUGCGGGGGCCAACCCCGGGAGUCAGAGCCCCAGUGCAACGAGGGCUUGGUGCCAGGCGGCGGCCCAGAAAUUAUCCGGAGGAAUUGGAUCGAAAUUAUGUGCGCUGCUGAAUGUCGGGGAGGUGGAGAAAGCCGCCGAGCCCGGCUCCGCCAAGGAGCCGCCGCCGCCGACGACGACCGGCGACUGCGGCUGCAACAAAUCCUGCAACUGCACCAAAGCGUCCGUGGGCUUCUCCGACCUCUAUUCAACAGACCUGUUACCUGCCAUGGACGGUGACGCCAAGACGAUGACCUUCCUGCAGGAGGUGGUGGAUAUUUUACUGGCCUACAUCGUGGAGUCGUUCGACCGCGAAACGAAAGUGAUCGACUUCCAUUAUCCCAACGAGCUGCUGCAGAUGAACAACUGGGAGCUGCAGGGCGAGCCGGCGAACCUGGACGACAUCCUGAUCAGCUGCCGAGCCACCCUCAAGUACGCCAUCAAGACAGCCCACCCCAGGUACUUCAAUCAGCUCUCCACAGGAUUAGACAUGGUCGGACUGGCAGCCGAUUGGCUCACAUCCACCGCCAACACCAACAUGUUCACCUACGAGGUGGCUCCGGUCUUCGUGCUGCUGGAGUACGUCACUCUGAAGAAGAUGAGGGAAAUCAUCGGCUGGACGGACGGACGAGGAGACGGCAUUUUCUCUCCUGGUGGUGCUAUUUCCAACAUGUACGCCAUGCUGUUGGCCCGCUUCAAGAUGUUCCCUGAAGUGAAGGAGAAAGGAAUGUCAUCUGUUCCCCGGCUGGUGGCCUUCACCUCCGAACACAGCCAUUUUUCCAUCAAGAAAGGAGCAGCGGCUCUCGGCAUCGGGACUGAAAGUGUGAUCUGCAUCAAAGUCGACGAGACCGGUAAACUGAUCCCAGAAGACCUUGAGAGGAAAAUACUGGAGGCCAAGCAGAAGGGUUUCGUUCCUUUCUUUGUGAGCGCGACCGCGGGAACCACCGUGUACGGAGCCUUCGACCCGCUCAUCCCCAUCGCGGACAUCUGCAAAAAGCACAACAUCUGGAUGCAUGUGGACGGUGCAUGGGGAGGAAGUCUGCUCAUGUCCAGGAGACACAGGUGGAAGCUGGACGGAGUCGACAGAGCUAAUUCAGUCACAUGGAACCCACACAAAAUGAUGUCAGUCCCUCUGCAGUGUUCGGCCCUGCUGAUCCGAGAGGAGGGUUUGAUGCAGAACUGCAACCAGAUGCACGCCUGCUACCUGUUCCAGCAGGACAAACAUUACGACCUGUCCUACGACACCGGGGACAAGGCGCUGCAGUGUGGACGCCACGUGGACAUCUUCAAGCUGUGGCUCAUGUGGAGGGCCAAGGGCACCAUCGGGUUCGAGGCUCAGAUUGACAAGUGUCUGGAGCUGUCGGAUUAUCUGUACAACAAGAUCAAGGACAGAGAAGGAUACGAGAUGAUCUUCAACGGAACGCCUCAGCACACCAACGUCUGCUUCUGGUACCUCCCUCCUGGGAUCCGCUACAUGGAGGACAAAGAGGAGAGAAAGAAACACUUGCACAAGGUGGCUCCGGUGAUUAAAGCCAGGAUGAUGGAGUACGGGACGACCAUGGUCAGUUACCAGCCACAGGGGGACAAGGUCAACUUUUUCCGCAUGGUGAUCUCGAACCCGGCCGCCACCUUCGAGGACAUCGACUUUCUUAUCGAGGAGAUCGAGCGCCUGGGCCAAGAUCUAUAAGACUCGUCUCUCCUCGGGCUCACGUUCUUUUCCCCCGUUGACGGAUGAAUUGUUUGUCGUGAAUGUACCGGUAAACUUUUCUUUUUCUCUCUCUCUCUCGCUCUUUCCUCCAAAGUCACAUAUUUAAGAAUAUAUUUGAGAAUAAAAAAACCCACAGAUGUAUCCAUAUAUUAUGUAUCGUAGCUUUGCCGUGGACUCACUUGGUCCAAAGCGAUGUAAAAGUGCUUCUGUCUGCUUCUCCCUGUAGCGUAGCUCCCAGAGUAGUGUCAGUUGGUGAUGUAACUCUACGUGUAACGUCUUUGUGAUUUGAAAGGCUCGUGCAAUAGGUCGAUGAGGAAGAGUUUAUUUUUCAAUCAUCUCUCAUUUGCCCAGUUUGUCGUCAAACGUGCCAAAUGUGGUCGUGUUCUAUCGUAACUUUAACUUUUAAAACUUUAAAACUUUGAAAAAAACAAAAAAAAGCACUUCACCUUACCUCAGCUUCUUCGACUGCCUUCACAUCUGCACAUCCUCCUGCUCGCAGUGAUCCUCCUGUAGUGAACCAGCACAUGUUAAAAAAAAAAAUCCCAACUAGAGCAGAGGGUCGUUUGGAUUCGGAAGGAAAGGGACAGAAAAGUAAAUUCAAAGGAUGUUGGUCCAUCGUGCGUCAUCUUUCCAAUAUAUUCAAUUUUCUGUUACCAAAAUGGUUCCAGAUAUAAUAAUAAUAUGAUAAUCUAAGGUUAGAUUGAUCAGCACUUCAGAGGUUCAUGUAAAGUUAUUAUCCUCAAGAUUUUUCUAGGAGUGGAGCUUGGUAUUCUCUGGAUCUCCCCUCAAAUUAUCGUCUACGAUGGGGGGAAUCGUUUUAGGGCAUCUUACAUUGACCAAACGAAACCGGAAAACUGAAAAAGAGGAAAGACAAACUGAAAAGCAGAACACGUCUCCUUUAACACGUAAUUUGCCAUUAGCCUCACUAAAGGGACUAACUCUAAAGGAUGAUAACUUUAACUAAACCUCUCAUUAGUGUUACAUAAGUAUAUAUAAUAGAGUGGUUGAUCACUAGUUGGGCUUUUUGCUGAAGCACUUAACUGACAGGUCGAGGAUUGAACUGUGGCAAUAAUCGUUUCAGUUGAUGACCUUCACCAGAUCCUGCGGCUCCCGUCCACCUGACAUCACUUGCACUAAGUCACCAGGGGACGAAGAGCAUCCCUUAGCAUUGCAACUGAGAUUGAAUCCAUUCACAAGCAAUAUACAGUAUAUAUUCCAGGGUGGGUCCAAUCUUAUAAAACCCUGCAAACAUAUUUAAAAGAGAUGGUGAAUUCACGUGUUGACGAUAAUCAAGUCUCCAGACCAAAUGCAGCGUAGCUGGCAAAAUAAAUAAAAUAAAUAGUAGGGUUAAUUACAUGCUUAUCGUAGGCGGGUUAGGGUCGUGAACCCUGAGGUUCUGUAGCAUUCCCAUUAGUUAGAAAAGCACAAUUUGCUCAAUGUGGUCGGUCAAUGUACAAUCACUUUUGAUCAUAGAUUGUAAAUAGUAUUUCAAGAUGUCCUGAGUACAGAUCUUUGUGUAUACAUAUAUGUAUAUAAGACGUAUAACCAGAGACUAUUUGUGAGGUAAAGUAAUUCAUAUUUUCUCUAUCUCCGAUAUAGAUUUACUUGUAUUUUCAUCCUGUUUGUCCAAAAAGGCUUUUGUGUGGUGUGUGUGUGUGUGUGUGCACGCGUGUGUUUGUGAUUCUUUGGUGUGUGCGACAUGAAACGUGUUUCAGGGACUGGCUUAAAGACACCGACAGAUUUCACCGGGAAACACCGAACAAGUCGCGGUCGAACAACGAGACUCUGACGUUUGGAUUUUACGUGAAUAUGCAAAGGCCAUUUCAACUCUGGAGCCCUGUGUUUAUUUCUUUUGUGUGUGCGUGUGUGUGUGUGUGUGUGUGCUCACGUGAUAAUUGACGGUAUGUGCCAACGUGUACCUUAGUGUGUUUGUAACUGUGUUGCCUUAGUAUACAUUUUGCCAGUAUUGUCUAGUUUUUCCUCCGCAGGGGAGGUCGUGCACUUUACAGUAUACACAUGACCUAAUAACGUGCAAUGUCCAAUGGUUGUCGAUGUUUUAAAGAAUUAUUAUAUUCCAGAAAAAAAAUGUAACUUCAAACUCUUUGGUCUGAAUGUGACGAGAAUCAAGGGUCUUUUCCAAGAGGGAAGAAUAAUUUUAAGAAUGAAUUUGUUCCUGUAAAGCUCGUUAAACUAUCUUUAACGAGCCAAUAAUUAUCUAAACUGUUGAUUUUUUCCUUUUUGAACUGAACUUCGGCAUCCACACUGUGACACGGUCAACACCGGGUGGGAAACCACGACAAAGGGAUCUCAGCGGUAGUCCUGGAAAACCAGACGCGCUGCACCUCUUGCUGCUGCUGCUCGACUUUGCUUCCUUUGCACGUGCAUGCGAUGCCUUGCCUAUCCAGCUUGUUUGAUAUACCGUGUCCUCUAUAUCUCUUUAUAUACAACAUAUAUAUACACCAAUAUACAGUAUGUGUAGCACCUGUACUUAUAGCUUGAGUGUCCGAUGUAUAGCUUGUAGCCUGUAGAUUAGUGCUCUGUCGCUCUGGCCUUUACGUGUGAUCUCUCUUGUGUCUCUGGGCUUCCUAUAACGUGUCUCCGUGCCGCCAGCAUGCUAACCUCGCCUCGCUUUGUAAACCUCGCCUCGCUUGAUUCUGACUCUCUCUAUCCUCCGUCUUUCUCUUCUGCUUGACACCUGUCGCUGCUUCUGAUCGUAGAGUAUUAUAAAUCUAUAUAUCUAUAUACGUGUGUGUGUGUGUGUGUGUGUGUAGUCCCUCAGCAUGUCUCUCCGAAAGCUCGUCUCCGCUUCCGCACCUGUACGACCUGUGUUUUCUAUCUUUCUAUCUCUUCCGCUUUCGCCCUCUGGCAGCAGCGAGAAUAUUCUCUCCCGCGCUUUUUCCUCCGAACGUUUCCUCGGCCCCCCCGCUUUCGUUCUGUUUGUCGUGUACGAGGCGGGGGGGGUGUUGACCCGUGUCACGGUGCCGCAGCGUUUUGUUUUAAGACCCUUGACUCUAUGGGAUGUAUGAGAAAGAGAGUUAAUAACAGUUUUUUUGGCUUGAUUGUCCAAAAACAUGUCUUAUGCAGGUGUUCUUAGCCUUUAGCACAGAAACAGAAAACAUGAACCCUGGUUUCCUGCUCACAGGGAAUAUUGUUUGUUUAAGAGAACGGUUAAAACCCCCCCGACUACUCAGAGUGCAGUUCAUUCUCACUGAAUAUAAAUCAUAUAUUCUGCAAACUGCUCUGCUAGCUUCUCUCAAACAUUCAUUUGUCCUGAACCAAUGUUACUCUUGGGAAAAUAGAAAUAAAUAUUGUCUAAGCAAACAU